AGGACAUCAGGAUAUGUUUAAAAAAUUGACACUUGUCCAAUUUCUCAUUUAACAUUAGAUCCAAUUUUGUCAAUAUCCUAAAUCUAUACAAGUUGAAGUAGUUGCGGAUUCUGUUUACAUAAAAAGACACAAGUUUGUUUCAUAAUUUAUAUGCAAUGAAUGAAUGAUGAUGGGAAGUGAUGUGAAUCACCAAAGAGUGAAAGCCAACGGCAUAUGGAUGCACGUAGCUGAGAAAGGAUCAGGUCCGUUGGUGCUGCUGCUCCAUGGCUUUCCAGAGACGUGGUUCUCUUGGCACCGUCAGAUUGACUUCCUCGCCGCCCAUGGCUACCACGCCGUUGCUCCCGAUUUGCGAGGUUUUGGCGAUACCGACUCCCCCCUCUCCCCUUCUUCUUACACUUGGUUCCACAUCGUCGGCGAUCUAGUUGCCUUGCUUGAUCACUUCUCUGUCCACCAGGCAUAUGUGGUGGGGACGGAUUGGGGAGCUGCCGCUGCCUGGCAUAUGAGCUUGCUACGCGCCGACCGAGUCAAAGGAACCGUAGCUCUUUCCGUUCCCUUUACUCCGCGGUUCGCUAGAGCUAAACCCCUCGAAUCAAUGAAGCAAAAGUACGGGGAUGGGUUUUACGUUUGCCAGUUUCAGGAAGCAGGAAGAGCAGAGAGGGCGUUAGCAAGGUACGACUGCGCGACAGUGAUGAAGAAGUUGCUGCUCAUAAACAAGGCCGAAAUGGUUGUGGCGCCACCCGGAACCGAGAUCAUCGACUACCUAGAAACGCCUUCGGUGCUGCCAGCGUGGAUCACGGAGGAAGAGAUUAACGUGCUAGCCGAAAAAUUCGAGGAGUCGGGCUUCACUGGCGGUUUCAAUUACUACCGAGCCCUAAACUUAAACUGGGAGCUGAUGGCGGCGUGGCAAGGGGCGAAGAUUGGAGUUCCGGCGAAGUUGAUUGUGGGAACGAAGGAUAUGGGAUACAGAAGCGGUGGUACAAAGGAAUACAUUGAGAGCUGUGUCUUCAAAAGCUUGGUUCCAGAUCAUGAGAUUGUGGUUCUUGAUGCUCAUCAUUUUAUCCAUUUGGAGAGGGCUGACCAAGUCUCCCAAGAAAUCUUGUCCUUCAUUCUCAAACUCUCUUGACUUGAAAAUAAUACAAUGUCAACUUUGAAAAACCGAGCUGGUGAAAAAUGAGACAUUUAUUAACGGACUGAGGGAGUAUUCCGAAAACGUAUUGCUCCUAAAAAGAUGCAACAUGUUUUUCUAU